GUGGCUUGGGCCCUGAGGUGCCAACCGUAAGACGUUGGCUCUUCAAAGCGUGGUGUAUUGUAAUGAUCUCACACCGGUCAAGUAUGGGCUUGACCGGUGGCUUAUAAGCAAGGUGUUCCCUCUUCCUAAUCGGCAGAUCUUUUAGGAGUGAGUUCUACACUUGAGCUUGUAACACUGAUAUGGGCCUAGUAUAAGCUAGGUCCGUAACAAUUGGUAUCCCUUCCACUAAUAUGGGCCUAGUAUGAGCUAGACCCGUAACAAUUGGUAUCCCCUCCUAAUUUUACUUGUGUUUUAGUGAUUUACAUUCUUCCAAUAAUAUUGUCCGUAACAAUUGUAAUCCGUAGUUGCAGUUAGGCAAAAAAAAAGCUGAUUGUUUUUUUUAAGCCACAACAAACAUGAAACACCUCCCCCCAGAUAGACCUGAAAGGCAACCAACGGUGGCGGAAGCAAGUCAAAAGUUCGCUUCUUGCCUUCUUCCCUUUCCAAACGCCGCCUCCCGGAUAAUGAUUGAUUAGCUUUGGAUUAAUCCUAAUCAAAGCUACUACAAAUUCCAGUCAACCUUAGCCACUCAACCCAGUAUUUAUUUGUGAGUAUAACAGUCUCAGUUAAGCUAAAUCUACGCUAAUGGCUGACGCCGGUCGCACACCCACCGUCGACACCAACGCACUGGUGGCUAUGUGCCUGGCACGCGCCGGCGUUGACCGGAUGUUCGGCGUCGUUGGCAUACCCGUUACUUCCUUAGCUAACCGGGCAGUUGCUCUCGGUAUCCGGUUCAUCGCUUUCCACAACGAGCAGUCCGCCGGCUAUGCUGCCUCCGCGUACGGCUACCUCACCGGCAGACCUGGGGUUCUGCUCACAGUGUCGGGACCCGGAUGCGUCCACGGCCUCGCCGGCCUCUCUAACGCGUCCGUCAAUACCUGGCCACUGGUCAUGAUUUCCGGCUCCUGCGAUCAGAGAGAUUUCGGCCGCGGCGACUUCCAAGAGCUGGACCAAAUCGAGGCCGUGAAACCCUUCUCCAAGUUCUCUGCUAAAGCCACUGACAUCACCAAAGUCCCUGGUUGUGUGUUCGAUGUUCUGGAUUGGGCCGUCGCCGGCCGACCCGGAGGUUGUUACUUGGAUCUUCCGUCUGAUGUGCUCCACCAGAGUGUGAGCGAAUCAGAUGCUCAGAAAUUGAUUGCAGAAGCUGAGAACGCAAGGAACAACAAAAAGGCCCUAAUAGAAAAGCCAAUCGUCAAGGAUUCUGAUAUUGGGAACGCAGUGGCUUUGUUGAGACAAGCUGAGAGGCCAUUGAUUGUGUUUGGAAAAGGGGCUGCCAUUUCUAGAUCUGAGUUCGAAUUGAAGACCUUAGUAGAGAAUACAGGGAUUCCCUUCUUGCCUACUCCCAUGGGAAAGGGUCUGUUGCCCGACAAUCACGAGCUGGCAGCCACAGCAUCAAGGUCUCUGGCUAUCGGAAAAUGCGACGUGGCAUUGGUGAUCGGGGCCCGGCUCAACUGGCUGUUGCAUUUCGGGGAACCUCCAAAAUGGUCAAAGGACGUGAAGUUCAUAUUAGUGGACGUAUCAAAAGAAGAGAUUCAACUGAGAAAACCAUGGUUGGGGUUGGUGGGAGAUGCAACUAGGGUUUUGGGAAUGAUAAACAAAGAGAUAAAGGAUGAUCCAUUUUGCUUAGGGAAGACCCACCCUUGGGUUGAGUCACUGUCUAAGAAAACUAAGGAAAAUGUGUCUAAGAUGGAGGCACAAUUAGCGAAGGACGUUGUUCCGUUUAAUUUCAUGACUCCAAUGAGGAUUAUCAGAGAUGCAAUAUUGGGAUUGGGCAGUCCUGCACCUAUAUUGGUAUCGGAAGGAGCGAAUACGAUGGACAUUGGGAGAUCAGUGUUGGUACAGACUGAGCCAAGGACUCGUUUGGAUGCUGGGACUUGGGGAACAAUGGGGGUAGGUCUUGGUUAUUGCAUUGCUGCUGCUGUGGCCUCACCCAAUAGGCUUGUUGUUGCUGUAGAAGGUGACUCUGGAUUUGGGUUCAGUGCUAUGGAAGUUGAGACAUUGGUUCGAUAUCAGCUGCCAGUAGUGGUCAUAGUCUUUAACAACGGUGGUGUAUAUGGCGGUGACAGAAGGAACCCUGAAGAGAUUAGUGGACCCUUCAAAGAUGAUCCAGCACCCACUUCUUUCGUUCCAAGUGCUUCCUAUCAUCUUCUGAUUGAAGCCUUCGGAGGGAAGGGGUACCUUGUCGGAACUCCAGAUGAACUCAAAUCAGCACUUGCUGAGUCAUUCUGUGCUAGGAAACCUGCCGUUAUUAAUGUUACAAUUGAUCCCUAUGCUGGUUCUGAAAGCGGGAGAUUGCAACACAAAAAUUGAGGCACGCCACUUCACAUCCAUUUCUUGCGACCAAUGUUGUAAAUUGCCACGAUUUUCACAUAGGCACCUCUAGUAGUGGGAAUCCUUGUUUUUUCUUAUUUAUUAACCAUAAUAAUACAACCAAACUGCAAUUGGUUUACCCCUUAAUUUUGGGAGUCUUAUUUUAUGGGGAUAAGAGUUAGAUAGGGCCUCAAACUUGGAAAAAAAUGUCAAAUAACGCCAUAUUUAGGAUGCUCUGUCUAGCCGACGCCAUUAAGGGUGUUUUCUGGUGGAAUUUUUUGAUGAUUUUUUUUGAGAAUCUUAUUCAUUAAGUCUAGUUUACUCAUAUCAAAUUUGAACUAAAACUUCAAUCGCGAAGGCAUACAAAUGAAUUCUUGAAGAUAGUCGCGUAGUUAAAAGAGUAGUUAUCUUCAAGAAUUCAUUUGAAUGCUUCCCUGAUUGAAGUUUUAGUUCAAAUUUGAUUUGAGUAAACUAGACUUAAUGAAUAAGAUCCUCAAAAAAAUUCAUCAAAAAAUUCCACCGAGAACCGCCCCAGAUGGUGUCGGUCGGACAGAGCAUCCUAAAUAUGGUCUUAUGACAUCUAUGGGUAUUUUGUCCAGCUACAACUCUUAUUUAGAGAAGUGUAGGGUAUGUUUGGCACAACUAGCUGAAAAAAUGCUUUUAUGUGCUUUUUAAUAACUGUUACUCCCUCCGUUCCGCAAAAUAGUUCUCAGUUUCUUUUUUGGGCCGUCCCAAAAAAUUAUUCCCAUUUCCCCUUUUGGAAAGUAUUGUGUGACUACCAUUCAUUUACCUUUUUCCUUUUC